AUGAAUCUUGGGCUGCAGCCGCUCUGUAUUAAGAGCCUGAGCAGUAAGGAGGUGGUGCGAGUGGCAGCGGGGGCUCACCACUCCUUAGCCCUGACUGCACAGUCUCAGGUGUUCUCCUGGGGCAGUAACAGCUCGGGGCAGUUGGGACACAUGGAGUGCCCCAGCACCGUGCCCCGCCUAGCUAAGAUGUCGGAGGGCAUCCGCGUGUGGGACGUGGCGGCGGGGCAGCAGCACACGGUCCUGCUGGCGGACGGGGACUGCUUCCAGCCCAUCCUGUACUACAGCGGCCAGCAGGUCCGCGACGGGGCCUCCAGCAGCGCCCCGCCCGAAACAGGGGGGUACACCCAGCAGCCCGUCCUCCUGCCCUUCUGCAUGAACCUGGGCUACGUGAGCAGCGUGUUCGCGGGCGGGCAGAGCUGCCUGGCGUUGGCGGACAGGAACGUGAUGGGCUUCAUCGCCAGCCUGCACGAGCUGGCCGCCGCAGAGCGGAGGUUCUACUGCAAGCUGAGCAACGUGAAGAGCCAGAUACUGCGCCCCCUGCUGGGCCUGGAGACCCUGGGUGCGGCUCUGGGCCCGGCCCUAAACCCGCUGCUCCAGACGCUGGCGGGGCACUUCAGCCGGCUGUGCCACCUGACGGGGCAGCACUCCGUCUCGCUGACCGGCUUCCUGCGCCGCGGCCGCCAGCGCGACGUCAAGGGCCUGGUGAUGCUGGAGCACGCCGCCACCUUCCUGGACACCUACAAAGAGUACUGCAGCUCUGUGGGGAACUUCCUGGUGAUGGGGGGUUUUCACGCCCUGGCCAAGCCUUCCCUGGACUUUUUUGGGAAGAGCCCCGAGCUGCUGCAGCGUCUGGCCGAGUCGAGCGAGGAGAGCGCUCCCCUGAGCGACCUGCUGGCGUUUCACAUAGAUGUAUUGCACCACCUAGUGGUGAACAUCAUCAAGGCCUGA